AUGGCCGACACCGCUCCCGCUGCAGUUGCUGAGCGCAACUACGGCUCCGACACGUCCUCGGCCGAAGGCCAGGCCCGCGGUGGGCGCAGGCCCAGGAACGUCGCUCUGGCCCACCCGGCGGCCGAGCACCUGCCGACGCCUCCUCAGUCGAGCGGCUUGAGCCAGCCUGCGGAGGAGGAGAAGUCGUUUGAGUCGGCGAUACUGAUGGACAUGUACCCAACAGGUACUCUGCUCAAGGGCGCCACCGACGCCGAGGGCAAGCCCAAGGACGCCGCUCUGCUCGUGGGCAUCAAGCUCGACCUCGAGGCCGAGAUCCACCUGACGGCCCGCGUCCGCGGUGACAUCUGCGUCGGACUGUACUGA